AUGUCUACCCGCAUGCACCUCCCUCCCUCCCCCGCAUGCACCUCCCUCCCUCCCCCACAUGCACCUCCCUCCCUCCCCGGCAUGCACCUCCCUCCCUCCCCCGCAUGCACCUCCCUCCCUCCCCCGCAUGCACCUCCCUCCCUCCCCCGCAUGCACCUCCCUCCCUCCCCCGCAUGCACCUCCCUCCCUCCCCCGCAUGCACCUCCCUCCCUCCCCUGCAUGCACCUCCCUCCCUCCCCCACAUGCACCUCCCUCCCUCCCCCACAUGCACCUCCCUCCCUCCCUCCCCCACAUGCACCUCCCUCCCUCCCCCACAUGCACCUCCUGACAUUUAAGUCUCUCACACGCCACUCUACCUGUACGUCUCUCACUCACGCGCACCUCCCGCACAUGUACCUCCCGCACACACCACUCUACGCCGCUCUAGCUAGGGAGAUAAGAGAGGAUGAUGAGAAAGGAGAGGGGCAGAUGAGCGGAAGGAGAUAG